AUGGGAUGGGAGAGGUGUGAUCUGCUGAACAGCCCCCAUGACUUCCCACGACAAUAUGGCACUUCUAAAUCCUGGAAGACCCAGCAUUCUCCUAGGGGCUGCCUGCCACCUAUCUGUAGGGGGGCAGCCACUGGCCCCCAAAACGCCCGCCCCACUGCCCCGCUGCCCACGGUGCGCACAGAGCCACAGGAGCACCAGUCUCCGCCCACCAGCCUCCCUCUCCCUCCUGCUCACACGCAAACCCUCUUCCCAAGUCAGGCAGGGGGAGGGGAGCCAGGAAGAGUCUCAAGGACUCGGUGCAACCACAGGCUGCCCAGGGUUCAUGGCGAAGCCCCGCUGCCAGCAACGGAGGGUGUGUGGGCAGGUGCAACCUGGGGCCAUGGGACACAGGAAGAUGAAAACAUCUUCAUACAAAACAGUUCUUCUUCUGUCUUUUUUUUCUUUUUCUUUUCCAUUCACUCUGCAAAAGGAACCAACUCAAAACACUGA